UAACCCUUUUUCCUUUAACCUCUGUUUUCACUCUCCUUAAUUACUUUCGGCUACGCUUUUAUCUCCUUAAAACAGGCUCCACUCUUUGUUUUUAUCUGCCGAGAAUAUUAGCACUAGUUGAAGUCUCGUAAAAGACUAUGGAAUCAGAUCAAUAUAAACUUUUGAUGGUGGUGGCACAUAUGUUUCUAUGGGCACUAUGCGGGUUGGAAUAAAUGGCAUGGGCUCACAACUUGAGGGUAUGAUUUGAUCAUGAAACAAAGCUCCUGGGCUUUAACUUUUCUUUCUUUUUCCUUUUGAUUUUUUAAUGUGUUUGGAAGGGGAAAAAAAAAGCAAAGGUCUAGAAUGAAAGAAGCUCACUUGUGAGCUGUGAAACCCAAUUUUCAAAGAGAGCAAACACGAGAAAAAUUUAACAUAAAAACAGGUUGUUGCAGUGGUAAAGAAGUACAAAUAAUAAAAAAAGGCAAUUGAAAAGCAAAGAAAGUUGUCCAACUUCUCCCUCCUUUUCUUUUAAAAACAUCCCAAGUCCAACCACACCUCAUAUACAUUUUUUUUUUGAACCAAAAAAUAAAAAUAUUCAUAAGUGCUCGUUCUCCAACAUCUAAAAAAAAAGAAACAACUGAACUGGAACUGAAACCAAGUGAAGAGCACGCACAUAAGAGGAGAAACCAAGGACAAAGUUGGCAUGAAAGGAAGAGAAACCAAAGGAGCCCCUUCAGCAGAUUUGCUAGUAUGUUUCCCAUCUCGAGCCCAUCUCACACUAAUGCCGCCAAAGCCCAUUUGUAGUCCUGCAAGGUCAUCAGAACCCAAUAAGCGCCACCACCACCACCACCACCACCACCACCACCACCACCACCACCGUCUCCUUAAGAAAUCAAGCACCAGAAAAGGUUGUGGAGCUGGCGGCCAAGCUAGCCCUCUCCUAUGGGCUAAAAACAAGCAAAUGGGAUCCGAGAUCACGGAACCAACCUCCCCGAAAGUCACAUGCGCCGGACAGAUCAAAGUCAGGUCUAAGACAAGCUCGUGCAAAAGUUGGCAAUCAGUGAUGGAAGAGAUCGAAAGAAUUCACAACUGCAGGAAACAAAAAAAGAGACUAAGUUGGGUGGACUCACUCGGUUUCAAAAAAGAAGUCAUGCAGUUCUUAACGUGCUUGCGCGCCAUUCGUUUCGAUUUUCGAUGUUUCGGGUCUUUUCCUCAAUCUGACAUCACCACUGACGAUGAGGAUGAAGAUGAAGAUGAAGAUGAAGAUGAAGAUGAAGAACCCCAAGAAAACCACAAUUACGUACAAGGCAAUGAGACAUCAAGAACCGUCUUUUCCAAAUGGUUCAUGGUCCUGCAGGAGAAUCAAAACAACGGGCUUUACAAAGAAGAAAGCAAAGAACAAGAGAGCUCCCUCGAUCAUGUUGAUGAUCAAGCUGCUGCAGUCCCACCUGCAAAUGCUCUCUUGCUUAUGCGUUGUCGAUCCGCUCCUGCUAAGAGCUGGUUAGAAGAAGCUAACAGGGUGGAAGAGGUCGAGGAAGAUCAAGGAGACAAACAAGAGUGCAAGAGGAAAGACGAGGAAAAAAGAAAAAAUUUGAGGUCUUUAAUGGAAGAAGAAAACAGGAAGGCGAAAGAGAGCUUAGUAGUGAUGAAAUACGACCCUGAUUUCUACGAAAUUUCAUCUGAUAUAGCCCAAGAGACAUGGCUUGUUGGUGGAAUGAAAGAUCAUUUAUCCCGAAGCCGAAGUUGGAAGAGAUGAUUAUAUUAAUUAUUAUCCCUGGUGACUAUUCUGUUUUCUUCAUAGUUUCACUUUAUAAAUACUUAUUUGUGCUUUAUUUUUGAUCCCUUUCAUCUGAGAACUGAAAAUUCUAAGCCACCUUAUAGCUUUACUUUUGGAAUUUUGAUAUGUUUUCAUUGUUGUGUAUGAUUUGAAAGUUUUAUGUAUUUAAUUUGUGCCACAAAAUUUGUACAGCUUUCCUUUCUCUUUCAAUUGGAAAAAGAUUUUGCUGCUA